AUGUCGGGAAGCCGCGGAUCCGUCGGCAGUCGCCACGAGCAGCCCCCACAAGUGAGUAUUGCUGCCCUUUUGAAAAAGACCGAGCACUACGACAAAGAUGAACGCUACAUGGCGACGUCGGAUUUGUGUGAAGUCCUCAAGCGUUGCAGCAGUGGGAGUGUAGCUUCCAGUGCCAACAGCAGCCCCGCGAGCAUCAGCACCAACUACCGUAACAACAGCAACAGCACCGCCAAUCACCACAAUCUCCCCACGGGGGGACUGGACGCCACUACGGAACGACAAAUAUGCACAGCGGUGCUGCGGUUGUUGCACGACAAGUCCAACGAUGUACAGGCGAUUGCCGUCAAGACCCUCGGUGUCCUCCUCACAACGGUGCAACAGGAGCAAGUCUUGGAAAUUGCCGAAUCCUUGACGGAUCAAGUCCUGGACGUGAGCAAAUCGGAAUUACGGGAUGUGUACGCCAUUGGUCUGCGGACUCUCGUCAAAACUAUUCCCACCAGUAUGGGCCAUCGCGUUUCGCAGCGACUCGUGGGACGAUUGUUGGAUGGGAUUCGGGUUGGAAGUCAAAACUCCCAUAACCCCAACCAAGCCAAUAUAAACGCCAAUACCAACGCAACAGGAUCCGACGGCGACGAAAUAGUUCUGGCGUGUCUCGAUGUGCUCACGGACUUGCUCACGCGUUUUGGACAUUCCUCCGUAUCGGUCACCCGCCAGCACGAACCCAUCCUACAAAUGUGCUUGGCGUGUCUCGGCUCGCCAUCUCCCGUUAUCCGCAAGCGAACCGGUACCGCAAUGGGGUGUCUGUCAGUGGUACUCUCCGAUGCCCUCCUCACGCGCAUGGUCGAGGCUUUGUUGAGUCAGAUUGGACGCGCCGGUGGUCUCGGGAAGGAAGGUCGUCGCAAAACACGUUCGGCGCUUCAAGGAACAACCGAAAAACCGACCGGCAGUGCAAUCACCGCAGCCACCAACGACAGUAGUGCGUCGAGCGAACCAGUUGGGGAUACCCGUGCCUUAAUUCGCACCAUGUGUACCGUUUCGGGUGCCGUCGGACACCGACUCGGACAGGCCCAAAUCGAUCGGAUUCUGCCCAUUUUCCUGCGCUUUACCGAUCCCGACGACGCUGUUACCGGUGACGACGAUCAAGAUGAGGACGCAGACAGCGAAGAGCUUCACUCAGGCACUCUCGCAGGUGAUGACGAGGCUACCACGUCCUUGGCGAAUGAGUUGCGUGAAUCCUGUUUCAUGGGCUUUGAAUCGUUCGUGUUGCGCUGUCCAAAGGAAGUGGAACCGCACUUGACGUCGAUCAUUCAAGCAGCCCUUGCCUACAUGAGUUACGACCCAAAUUAUUCGUACGGCGAAGAUGAUGAUGGCGACGACGACAAAUCUGCAGUCAUGGAUGAUUCUGGUGACGAGGAGCUGGAGGAGGAAGAAGAGGACGAGUACGAAGAAGAUGAUGAUAUGGAGGACGACGAUGAUGAUGAAUCUUGGAAAGUCCGUCGAUCGGCAAUCCGAGCUCUCAGAGCUGUCGUCGAAGCAAAAUCGCACGAUCCCUCCUCACUUUGGACCGUUUCCUACCAAGUUCGUCGAAGCAAAUCUACAGUGGUGGCUGCCACUCUCGUGGGACGCUUUAAGGAACGUGAAGAGAAUUGUCGCGUAGGAGUGAUUGGUUGCUUUACCCGCCUUUUACAGGUGACGAUAUCCGCUGCUCAAGCCGGUGUCGUUGCGUUGACCACCGAUCCUGAAAGCUCGGUUAUGCAGGACGGCAACGCCCCUUUUGUGAUCGACUUGCGCAGCACUUACGUACCCAAAGUCGUGAAGACUUGCGAGAUAAUUCUGGCCGUCAAAAAGGGUAACGAGCGGUCCAAGUCAUGUGCGUUAACCUUGUUGGCGACACUCUGUAAGGCCCCCGGAGGAGUUGGAGGUUCACAGCCAAUCGCUUCGGUCUUUCGGCACAUUCAAGCACUCUUAGCAGCCUCUUCUGAUACGGCCCUACACCGGGAGAGUGCCAGUAAGGCGUUACGCUUGGAUGCUCUCUCGCUGGUGUAUGCCAUGUUGUCAUCUCACACACACAAUCCGAUUCAUGUUCGACAAAGCUUGCGUAGCUUGCUCCUGCCUGAAUUGAGUCAAGCCGUUCAGGAACAAUGGUACAAGGUAAUUGCCGAGGCCUUACGAGCUUUAGCAGCGGUACCCCGAUUCUACGUCUUGGGGUACACUGAAUCGGACGACGCGGUUGCGCGCCAGAAAGAAACCAAAGAGGUAGCAGGUAUUCUAUACACUGCCGUGGAACCAUUGUUGGCGGCUCACGAUGUCGAUCAAGAAAUCAAGGAAUGCGCCUUGAAAGCCUGUGCUUCGCUCUUGUCUUCCUUAUAUGCGAGUCUCUCAACGGAUCAAACAGUCCGACUCCUUUCUCUUUUGCUGGAACGCCUCAGUAACGAAACGACCAGAAUCGCUGCCAUCAAGGCACUGUCUUCCAUUGCCGCGUCGGCUAACGAACUCGUUCGUGUCGAUUUGUCACCGAUUUUUGCCAAUUCUGUCACAACUAUGUCCAGCUUUCUUCGAAUGCAAUCUCGGUCGACCAAACAAAGUGCUUUGGAAGCUAUGGAUAUCGUCAUUUCGAAUCACGGAGCGCAGACAGACUACGAGGACGGCAUUAUGUAUUCGACAGUACUCCAAGAGGUGGCUCCCUUGAUAGCAGAUAGUGACUUGCAUUUGAGUCACUUGGCGAUGCGGGUCACGGUGUCAAUCUUGCAAGUCUGCCCUGCUGCCGGACCAGCUGUCAAGGCACACGUCUUAGCAGAAGCGUUGUUGCUUUCGAGGUCGGCUCUGUUGCAAGACUUAGCUUUGGAUUCCUUGCUCGCUUUGCUUCGUCAAAUGGUAGUUAGCGAUGCCGUCUUGUUCGACGAACUGCUGUUUUUGUUGCGCCAGCGCUUGGAUGAGACCAUUGGAAAGCACGGGAUCUACAAUUUGGCCAAGUGCAUCGCUACCAUUACAUCUAUCACAUCCUUUGAGAAUGCGCGAAAGGUGUUGUCGGAAACAUUUGCAUCGCUAGAAGGAGUUAGUACUCCUUCUGAAGUAUCGUUGCUGCGUCAAAUGCAGCUUUCAUUGCUUGUGACGGGUGAUUUAGGUCGUAUGAUGCAGACAACUUCGAUUGCCGGAGUCACUGAUCGGCUCAAGACGGUCUAUCUCGGAUAUUUUGAGUCACCUUCAGAGGAUUUAAAGAAUGCGGCAGCUUACGCUUUGGGCAACGCUUCGGUAGGAUCACCGGCUGUCUUUCUGCCCACGAUUGUCAGCAAGCUGGACGAAGAAAACAAGAAGCAACAGUAUUUGCUACUUUCGGCCCUUCGUGAAUUUAUCCAAUGUAGCUCGCGUCAGUCCAGCGUGGAAGGAGUUGUGGACGGGCUGAACAUUAUCUUGCCUCCGUUGGAAAGGCACUGUUCCGACGAAGAAGAGGGCGUACGGACGAUGGUGGCCGAAUGUAUGGGGUCGCUAACUGUUCUUCAGCCAGUGGGUAUGCUGAAAAAGCUGGAUGAUAUGACUUGUCAAUACUCCGACAUCAAGGCACCUGAUGGUGUUGUCGCGAAUGACGACAGUAGAUCGCAGAUUAAUGCACGUGCAUGCUGGACUGUGGCGACUUCGGUGAAACUUGCAGUCGCUGGGAAAGUGGACGCCUCCGAGCUGUCGAAAUAUAUGCCGUCAUUCUUGAAGCAGCUUCUGGGACAAGAAGAGCUGCACGUGCGCCUUGCAGCUCUUCUGAUGGUUUAUUCUACAGUAUAUCACAUGCCGCAACUUGUUGCUGGGCUAUUCAAAGACCCGAUUACACCCGCCUUGUACGACAUUUCAAGCUUGAAAAAGCAGCGCAAAGUCGAUCUCGGCCCUUUCACGCAUACGGUCGACGACGCACUACCUCUUCGUAAAGCUGCACUUAGCAUCUUCGCUUCUAGCUUGGAGAAGCUGCCAGGUAUCGUUGACGUUGCUGCAUUUAUGCCGGUUCUGGCAAAGGCCCUUGGAGAUGCCGAAGAUAUUCAACUUCAUGCUCAUCAGAUAGUAAUUUCCAUGUGUGCACGUCAUCCAAAAUAUAUCGUGCACGCUGUCGACACGUUUGUGGAGCCCCUGGAAAAGACCAUGAAUAAGAAAGCUGGCCAAAAGACAGGCACUGAACUUGAGCGAUUGAAUGACUGGAUUAAGAGCUCCAUCAGAGUUAUGCUUGCGAUAAGUAAGCUCGAAGGAGCUAUGAGCUCGAGCAAGUUUGCCGAUUUUGUGGAACGUAUGAAGGGCAGCGCCAAGCAUACACACACUAUCGAAGCGCUGGAGAACGAAACUAAGGAGCUUUAG